UCCAAUCACCUGCCACCAACAUUAGAGAACGAACACCUAAAUGCACAGACUUCAGACAGUGAUUCACUCAUCAACCAGUCUCCCACUGAGGAAAAUACUGACCAGCUGUUCAUCGAUUUAACAGAUGAAAAAACGGACAUGAUUGCCAGGAAUCUUUAAGUGAAUGGCGGAGGAUGCGUGAGGAGCAGGAUGAUGAAUAUAAUCAGUCUUUGAUAGCAGAUCAAGCCAAAGAACUGCAGAAGAUGAAUAGCGAAGAAUCUGAGAAUAGACGCAGAAAGGCUAUUGAUGAGAGAUGAGCGCAAAUCGCAAGUUUACCUGAACUUGCUCAUGGUGUGCCACUAAAAGUAAAAUAUCCAAGCGGCUUAAUGAGGACCAGGAAAUUUGUUUUAAGUGAAUCAAUUAAGGCACUGUUUGACUUUGUUGGAGAAGUGGAGGACGCUACAGAAUGGUUCCAGAUUCAGGAAGCCUUAUCACCACCUCUUAGAAAAGACCUAUGUGGAACCAUUUUUGAAAGAAAUAUCAGAGGGCCAACCACACUUUUUGUCCAGUGGAUUUCCUCCGAAGACGUAGAGUUUAUGCAGACCAUUCUUGCACCUGAUGGCAAUGACAACCAUAAUAAAGCUGAUUAUAAUUCUGGGACUGUCAGCCCUUUGGAUCAACCUAGCACCUCUAAUGAACACCUGGCAUCGUUCUCCCCUUGUUCAGAGCAGGAAGAGACUGUCCAGAAGACCAACCUUCAAACAAUACUGAGUCUCCUUUCAGCCAAGAUAGAUGAUGACAGUCCCACUAGUAAUCAGAUCAAUGUUGUAAGGGAUUAUAAAGGCAAUACCCACAACAUACUGAGAAGCACUGUUCAGGCUUUUAGUCGGCGACGAUUUAACCUCGGAGCUAGACUGGAUGUGAUUUUUGUUGAUGAUACAAAAGUGGCAGAGGGGGCUGUGGACGGUGGUGGUCCCACUAGAGAGUACCUCAGAUUGCUCCUUAAGGCUGUCCAACAGUCUAGCAUAUUUGUGGGCCCUGAAAAUAGUAAGAGGUUGCGGCUUGACAGUGAAGCUUUGCACAAAGGUCUUUACAGGCAGAUAUCUCAAAUGAUAUCAGUUUGUAUAAUUCUUGGAGGAAUGGGGCCACAUUUCUUUUCAGAAAAGCUCUUUCUCCAAGUUUGUGGUAAACCCACCCGUCCUGCAACCUUGGAUGAAGUAGAUGAUGAGACCUUUAAAGAAAUGCUUUGCAAAAUAAAAGAAGCCGAAACUCUUCCAGAAGCCAAAGCUGCCAUUGAUCUGGCAGAAGAUUGCCUGUCCAUAAUUGGAGCCUUUAGAUCCAUUAGUACUCUUAAGCAGCGGGACAUGCUGGUACAGUCAGCUGUGGAGUAUUAUGUUGAUGGGAGAUGCAAUGUUGCACUGCAACAGUUUGUCGAUGGUUUUAACACCCUUGGACUUCUUCAAGAAAUGCAGACACACACAGAUCUGUUUCGCAUCAUAUUUGUUGAAGACAAAAAACCACUGCGAUCUUCAGACCUGACAUCACUUUUUGAAGUAAACCUGUCAGAUCAAGACACCUAUAAGAGAGAACUAGAGACCAGGACCUUGUGCUUCUGGAGAGACUGGAUCAUUGAUGUUGAAGCAGAAGAAAGAAAUUCAUACAGGUUUGAAACAACAUGAGGGUGAGUAUAUGAAUUUUCAUUUCAAAGUGGAGUAUCCCUUUAAAGGUAUAGUUAAACCAUGAAUUAAAUUUACCCAAUAAUUUACUUACCCUCAUGCCAUCCUAGGUGUACAACAUCUUCCUUUCUUCAGCCAAUUAAGAGGUGGAGAAACAAUUCAAUAUGAACUGCUAGGAUUUUGUUAAAUGUUAAUCACAACAAUGCCAUAACAAAGCUAUGAAAAGUCAGAAUUUUAUUUAUUAUUUCUCCAAUUGUGUUUGGCUGAAGAAAUGAAGACAUCGUACACCUAGGAUGGCAUGAGGGUGAGUAAAUUAUGGGGUAAAUUUC